UGGCCCGCCUGUCUGGAAUGGCCUUAAAGGCGCAGAGUCGCUGUCUGCAGCCGCAGGGAUCCGACGGGCAGCGGGUUCGGUGAAAAUGCGCCAGGAAGUUCUGGUUCUGGGUGACCUGGCAGCGGUUCCUGCCCUCGGCUCCCCCACACACCGGACCUCUGAGGGCAGCAGGGACUGAAACGAUGCAGUCGGUUCCCAUGGAGGUGGGGAGCAGCAGCGGCUCAGGCGGGUCGGCGGUGGAGGUCAGCUUCCCCGGCGCUCAGACCUCGGUGCUGGACAGCCUCAACCGGCAGAGAGAGGACGGCAGUCUGUGCGAUCUGUCCAUCCACGUUCAGGGUCACGUCUUCAAGGCGCACCGCUGCGUCCUGGCCGCGGCUUCGCCCUACUUCCAUGAUCAGGUGCUGCUGAAGAACAUGUCGACGGUCUCCAUCCCCGCGGUGAUGGACCCGCUGGCGUUCGAGAGCGUCCUGAGCUGCGCCUACACCGGCCAGCUGCGGAUGCUGCGUGACGACAUCGUUAACUACCUCACGGUGGGCAGCGUGCUGCAGAUGUGGCACAUCGUGGACAAAUGCACCGAGCUGCUGAAGGACGGCCGCGCCGCAGCGGCGGCAGCAGGAGGAGGAGGAGCGCGGGACGCAGCAGGUGGAGGCGGAAGUUCGGCCAAUCCCGGCUGCAGCAGCAGCAACGGUGAAGCUGGUGGAACUGGGACCACAGGUGGUGUUCCAGUUGUAGAGCCCAAUGACCCCCAGAGGGCCCCCCAACCCUCCAGCCGGCCCUCGGUGAGCGAGAGCCAGUCGCCCAGCAGCACCAACUACUUCAGCCCCCGAGACGGGAGCAGCUUCCUGGGGGGAGGCGCAGCGGCAGGGGGGGCCUCUCUGGAUGGAGGCAGGACCAGUAACACUCCCAGCUACUGCACCCCAUCAGGGGGAGAGGAGGCCCUGCUCAUCGAGGAGGAGGAGGAGGAGGAAGAGGAGGAGGUCAUGUACCACCACAGGAAGAGAGGAAGAGGAGGAGGCAGCAGGAGGAGGAAGAAAGUCAGCUCAGUGUUGGAGCAGGAGGUCGGAGUCAGCGACAGCUUCGGCGUUUCCUCCUAUCAGGACGGCGAGGACUCGGAGGCGGCGCUGCAGAAGCGUCCGACCUACAGCCAGCCCAGCAUUAUGCCGCGGAAGCAGUGGGUGGUGGUGAAGACGGAGCGGACGGAGGACGACGACCUGAUCGUUGUGUCCGGAGAGGAGGGCGGUGAGGAUGAGGAGGACGAAGACGAGAGGGAGAUGGAGCUGCUGAGGGAGCGAGAGAGAGGAAACUUCAACAUCUCCAACAUCAGGAGCCUUUCAGCGGAGCUGGCGGGCCGAGCGGAGAGCGACAUGGACUCACAGGUGGAUUACUGCCAGUCAUCAGAGGACUACCUUAAGUUUGAGGGCAGCCUGAUCGAGCAGACGUUAGCCCAGCACCUUCAUGACGGCGCUGCGGGUCAGAACCAGAACGCCAACCGGGCCGUGUCGGCCCUGCUGGGCCAGGUCCAGUCCGCGGCCUCGGCCCGGGCGCAGCUCUUCCCUCUGGACAUGCAGGGGAACCAGAUCCUGCUGUACAGCCAGGCGUCCGGCCUCGCCCUGGACCCGGCCGCGCCGCCGCUGGGCGUGGCCGCCGGCAUGAUGGGCGGAGCCUCUUUCAAAACGCCCGGCCUGGAGCACGGCGCCGUCCAGCUGCAGACCGGAUUGGGUCCAGAUGGUUCUGACGGUGGCGGGGUCGGAGGCGGAGCCGGCGGUGGCGGCUCUGGAGGAACCGCCAAGGUGUUCAUGUGUCACUGUGGGAAAACCUUCACCCACAAGAGCAUGCGGGACCGGCACAUCAACAUGCACCUGGACCUGCGGCCGUUCCACUGCCCCGUCUGCGCCAAGAAGUUCAAGAUGAAGCACCACCUGACGGAGCACAUGAAGACCCACACCGGCCUCAAGCCCUACGACUGCCUGGGCUGCGGCAAGAAGUUCAUGUGGCGUGACAGCUUCAUGAGGCACCGCUCACACUGCGAGAGGCGCAGCGCCGACGGCGACACGGUGGGGGGCGGGGAGGGAGGGAGGCGAGGAGGAGGAGGAGAGGAAGGCUCGGAGGAGGAACGACUGCAGCUGCUGCUGGACAACAUGGCGGAGGAAGCAGUCACCAUGGCAACACCAUGGCCGCUGCCACAGGGGCGAUCCUGGGGGUCGUCUCCCAGAGUCCGGGUCCGGAUCACGGACCAGGAAUGUUCAGAGGGCUGGGAUUGGCUAGAGGUGUGUGUGAGGAAGACGUGUGUGAGGUCAGCGCAGGCAGCAGCGUGA